AUGGCGGAUAUCCCAGAAGAUGUGAAACUUGAACAAUUAUUAGAAUUACGAGAGCAGCUACGAGAGCAGAUUGAUCAACUUAAUGCGAACAAUCAGCUCGAAUCAUCUAGUAGCAUGCGAAAAAUAUCGAAGUAUCAUCAUGCUAACAAAUAUCAGACAGGAGCUAUGAAAAAAACCGAGAAACGUCCUAAUUCUUGGAUAGUAGAUGGUUAUGCUAACAAUAAGUUUGCAAAGGUCUCGCUUCCAGUCUGUAUGGAAGAUGGAAGGAAUGAUGAGCCCAGUUGUAGUGAUAUGAAGAAAUUUAAUGAGAAGGAUCGUGGUGCUUCGCUUCUAGAUAUUCCGACAACACAUGGCCAAAAUUUGCAUCAGUGUCCUUUUCGACACAAAUCGGUAUUAUCCUCGGAUAUAACUGGCACAGAAAAUGGCUCUAAGAAAUUAAGCUUGCAUUCAGAAAUUGCUGAAUUAGCUCAAAACGAUGUACAAAAUGCUGGAAUAGUUGGCGCCGCAAAAAUUGACAACAUACCGACAGAGGAGAAAAUGGAAGAAAUCUCAUUGAGUUCUUUAAUAGGUUCAAUGGAAAAUGAAACCGCAAAGAAAGAAUCAAGCAGUGUUUUUAAUGCGCAUACAGGAAGUGCCGUCUUAUGCAAGAGUACCGAAAAUAAUUUCUCCAUUUUUCCUGAAAAAUUAAUACCACUGCCGCCACCACCACCUCCACCUCCUCCUACACCACCUUUAGCACCGCCACCACCGCAGCUUCAAUUUUUAAUGUCAAAUGAAAUGAAUUCAACAAAUAGUGAGAGUGCAUUACUGGAUGAGCAACAAUCGGAAGAACCUGAAGAACGGAGUAGAAGCUUGUCACGACCAGCUGAAGACAGUGGUAGUGAAUUAAAUGGAAUAGAUGGACGAAAUAAUAAAGAUGAGAAAGAUACUUUUCUAUCUGACGAAGAUGAUGGUGACGAUAUCGACCUAUUGUUGGAGAAACCAAUAGAGGAUGCUCAAACUGGUAAAGUGAUUAUGCCAGAGGACGGUGAAGUACGGGAGAAAAUAGUAUUAGCAUAUCGUGGAACAGAUUAUUUUGAUGUAUUACCAGAAGGAUGGGUGGAAGUGACUCACAGUAGCGGCCUGCCCAUUUAUUUGCAUAAAUCUACGCGGGUUUGUACAUUCUCACGACCUUACUUUAUUGGUCCAGGUAGCGUUCGACAUCAUAAUGUGCCAAUUUCCGCUAUACCGUGUUUGCAUCAACGACGAGUACUUAAAGAAAUAGAAGACGGUGCAGCAGCAAGUGCGGCUGCAUUGCAAAAUGCACUUUCCGAAUCGGUCGGUGUACAAAGUAGUGAUAGUGCGCUUGAAGAUUCCGCGUUAGUAAUGGCGCGAUUACAAGCACCGGGUACGAAGGUCCAGACUGCUGAAGACUUCAAGGAGCGUCAACUCGAUGCAGAAGCGUUACACGACUACGCAAAAGCUGUAUUUAAAUUUAGAAAAAUUCAGACAUAUCGUUUCAAUAAAUGGGCUGCAACACGUAAUUUUCACCGGCAACGGAAACUUGCCGAAGCUGGAAGACUUGGAAAAAAUGCAUCCUCCAUUGAACUUUCAGUUGGUCGUCCCGCAUUACCAUCAAAUGUGAAAUUAAUUACUGUGCCUGCAUUAGAAGCGAACUUAAAACCACAGCAUCGUGGAUUUUUUCUUAAUCCACAAGGGAAAACAUCGGUCAGUGUGUUGCAUGAGUAUGUACAGAAAGUUUUGAAAAGUACCAUCAAUUAUCAUUUCUCAGAAACAAGGAAUUCAUCAAUGCCGUAUGGAUGUACAGCUCGUUUGAAAAUGAAUUUAAAUAACCGAGUACUUUGUGCAACAAGUGUUAAGGAGAAAUUAAUGCUUCUGCAAGAAAAGCAAAGACGGGAACAACGCUUACAAGAACAUGGCGAGCAACCAGAUGCUGAUUUUGUGGUUCUUGGAACAGGUUGUGGUAAUAGCAAGAAAACUGCUAAACUCGACGCCGCACGAAAUGCUUUGAAAGUUUUGAUACCGGAUGUAGAAUUUGAUCCGGAAGGUAUUGCUAGAAGUGACAAGAAAGAGAAAGAUGAUGCAGAAAGUGAUAAGGAAGAUGCAGUAGCACUGUUUGAUAUGUUGCCAAUAGAGGAUUCGCGAAUAUUUGAUUUGUCUGCUAGAGCUGGUCAACCAUCACCAUAUUUACUACUUCAGGAGUGCCUGAAACGAAAUGCAGCAUACGGUGACACGGAGAUAAAGGUUCAUUCGGUGCGGGUUAAACAUCAACGCCAUCAAUUCGAUAUGGAAGUCGGCAAACAUCGUGUUUCUGUUAUAUGUGCAAAUAAGCGUGAAGGCAAACAGAAAGCAUCCCAAGCAAUGCUCAAAAAAUUGCAUCCUAAUCUUGACACAUGGGGUUCUCUUAUACGUCUUUAUGGACAUGGAACACAACAAAAACAGCAAGAAGCACGAAAAAGUCGACAGAGUAUAAUCAAAUUGCAAGGAAAUCGUACUAAGGAAAGCUCGGUUCUAGAGCCAAAUAAUGCAAUAUUAGAAAAAUUACGAACGGAAAUGCUGAAAUUAUCGAAGUCUAAACAAUCAAUAGAGAAUCGUAAUAUGGUACCAAAGCGACCAAAACUAUCCGCUACUAAUGAACCGGUAGAUGAAAUACAGUCAGCUGAGGCUUCAGCCAGUUAUGCGGCGACACAUCCAGAUGCUUUAUCAGCUUUAAGAAUUGAUCUUUGA